CUGAUAAGUAUAUAUACUGUAUAUAUGACAUAGAUUAACAAUGAAUUGUGCACUGUGGACAUUAUCGGUCACAGGUAAAGCGGAAAUCUUUAAGUAAGGUUGUGACUGAUAUGGUGUCAUCUAGAAAAAUCGUUUGCUGCAACGAGUUAGUCUAAAUUAAGGUCCUAAGUUGUCUAAGAGUAAAAUGCAGUUAAUUAUGAAUCAAAUUUCUUUAUAAUUUUGUUUAAAGACGCAAAUGAUUCGACGUGGAAUUAAAACGAAAAUAUGUCUACCCAAAACCUCCUCGUAAAUGAGGAGUUGCCACCUUCCUAUCAAUCCAUAUACCCAGCGGAAGUAACUGUAACAACUGGACAGAAUGAGAUUCGAACCACAGUGACCCAACAGUCUGUUAUAGACCCGGACACAGAAACACACGUUUAUAAGCGACGCUGGUACGUGUUAAUAGUGUAUUCUCUCCUGGCCUUUACUCAGAAUGGUGUAUGGAACACGUGGGGACCUAUUGCUGCAUCAACCGAGGAUGCGUUCGGUUGGUCUGACGCGGACAUCGCUCUAUUGUCAAACUGGGGACCUAUAUCUUACGUCCUGGCUGCCUUCAUCAUGUCGUGGGUUGUGGAUGUUAAAGGACUUAGAUGGUCAUGUUUAAGCACGGGGGUUAUGAUAGCUCUCGGUGCUGGUGUAAGAUGUAUAACAGACCAGCCUCCAUAUGUUAAAUGGACGGUUAACAUUGGUCAGUUUCUGAACGGUUUGGCGGGCCCGGUUGCCAUGGGUGUUCCGCCAGUUUUGUCUGCGUUGUGGUUCCCUGUCAAAGAACGCACAACAGCUACAGCAAUUUCCUUCGUUAUUUCAAGCAUUGGCAUCGCUGUCUCCUUUGCUCUUGGUCCAUAUAUGGUUCCCGACAGAACCUCCAAUUCUACCUCUACAUUAAGCAAUAUCUCAUUGGUCAACACUACAGAUGAUGAAAGAAUUUCUCAAGAAAGACAUGAUAUUAUGAUUUAUAUGUAUGUUGAAGCUGCCUGGGCCGCCUUUAUCCUCCUCCUGAUACUGAUUUACUUCCCAGCUAAGCCCCCCAAACCCCCAACAUUGUCAGCUUGUUUGGAGAGGAUGGACUUCAAGACGGGCGCCAAAUGUCUUGUCAGAAAUGUUCGGUUCUGGAUUAUAUGUGCUACAUACGGUAUAUCUCUGGGAGUCUUCAACUGCUGGCAGAGUGUUCUGGAUGUCAUCCUUAAACCUCACAACAUUGACGAGAACGAGGCCGGAUGGCUGGGCUUCUACUCCAUUCUCGCGGGUUGUGCGGGGUCAAUCAUUUUAGCAAAAUUUGCUGACAUCUUUUCGCGCCACAUGAAGAUGUUCCUCUUGAUGUUAUAUAUUUUCGGGAGUGCUUGUUUUGUCUGGUUCACUCUCCUGAUUAAUGGCACUAUUCCAGAGUCUAUAUAUUCUUUAUAUGCGGCCAUUAUCCUUGCCACGCUCCUUCUUACUGCCAGCGUGCCCCUGUAUUACGAGAUGGCAUGUGAGGUGACUUACCCCGUGGCGGAGGGAAUCACUAACUUCGUCCUGACCCUUGUCAAUAACAUAGGAGGACUGGUAUUUCUUCUCGUCGGCAUGAUACCACACAUUGGUACGGCUUGGGAGAACUGGGCGUGUCUUGGUGCAAUCGGAUCCUGUAUCCCUGUUUUAUUACUUAUCAAAGAAAACUAUAACCGUCUAGAAGUAGACGAGAUCAAACGUCAGUGAAGAAUGCGUGUGACUACUCAUAAAUUUUAUCUCUUUAAUGCUGAAAAACAUGUAAAAAUUUUACUUCAAUAUUUUGUCCACUUGCAAGUCUAUGUUCUUGUGAUUUAUAUUUACCACUAGAUAACGUUGGGACAUUGAGAUUACUUAUUGUGUUGUAUUUUAUUAUGUUAUGUUAGUUUUCAAAUAAAAAAAUCAGUUUUGCA